CACCGCCAUGCGCAUUGGUGCAGCCAAGAGAACAGGCAGUGCACACGUUUUAAUAGUUUCAGGAGAUGUAGCCUACAUGCGUUAAAAAGCUUCGAAAAGUAGGCCUAUAUUCGAAGUGAUAAUAGAUGUAAUGUUAAACUUUUUUUGUGCACAAUGACCGUUUUUCAGUAACAUUAGCCUAAAGACGUUUCAGGCCUCCCUUCUCUCUGAAUCAUGUAUGAGCCGCGGCACUAUGACAACCCACCCAUCUAUAGUCCUCCCUACACUGCUACCUCCAAUGGAUUCUACACCCACAGAAGUGUACACUCCCCAAGGAGCAACUUUGACCCCUACCCUCCUCCCCCUGACUCAUUCUAUAUGGAAGAUAGGCCUCAACACUUCUACAAAUGGUUCUCUGCUCCUGGGCUUGUCAAAACAAUGGAAGGAGCAACAGUCAUCUUGUGUUUCCUCAUUUUUGCCUGUGUAGCCUCCACGUUGGUCUGGGACAUGCACGGAACAGGAAUAGGAAUGGGGGGCUAUGGAACAGGGUCUAUGGGGGUUGGCAGUGGCACUGGUGGCUAUUACGGAGGCAGCUAUGGCUAUUCCAGCUCCUACAUGACCCCGUAUUCGGCCAAGUCAGCCAUGAUAUCCAUGGCGGCCAUUAACUUCCUGGUUUCUCUGGGAUUCCUUGUGGGGAGUUUUUCUCGGUCGCCUGCUAUGCGUGGUCGGAGGUUUUACCUGACAGUGUUAGUCUGUGACGUUGUCCUGGCGGUGCUGCAGGGCAUCAUUGACAUUGUGUUUGUGAUCGGUGUCAACCCCAUGUCGCAGAGCUCUCAGAGCAUGCUCUAUAACCCCAUGCUUAUGAUGUGCCAGAACAUGCAGGGAAGCCCCAGUCUGAGUGGGAGUGUGGGAGCAGGGUUCCCUGGGGGUUUCCCCAUGUACAACCAGUAUCUCCAACACUACUGUUACAUGGACCCUGAAGAGGCUGUGGCGUUGGUGCUUGGGUUCUUAGUAGUGGUGGCACUGUGUGUAGCUGCAUACUACGCCUACAAAACCCGCAGUAAGAUCUGGCGCCACGGCAAACCCAACAUUAUCUGGGACCGACCUCUGCUCAGACCACCUGAACGAAAUGAUGUACAGGACUGGGUGGACUAUGUUGCAGAGGGGCAGAGCACUCAGCGGGCCCCUACUGUGAUCUUAUCAGAGAAGACCGUCCCUGACCUCAGGACAGAGAACAGUGUUGUCUCAGACGGAGCCGGAACAGUCAGCAUCUACAGUGAGGAGACCUACAAUGGCAAUGUUUACUAUGACAACACCAAUGGGCGUGUGCCUGAGCCCCUGUACCGGCACACCAGGGUCAGCUCCAGCCCCUCUGUGGAGGCAGAGAGCCUGAAGAAGUACCCCAUUCACAGGGAAAGGGAACGGGAUCCUACCCCCCCUUCCCAGGAGGAGACCCAGUGUGAGACCGGCUACACCACUGGUGGGGAUACUGGUAAUGAACUGGACCAAGACCAAAGUGACCACAUGCAUAGCAUGUACCCUGAGAUAACAUCAGACAGGCAACGACGACAGUAUAAGAAAGAGUUUGACUCCGACCUGGCGAGCUACAAAAGCCUGUGUGCCGAGAUGGAUGACAUCAGUGAACAGAUGCACAAGCUGAGCCGAGAGCUGGAUACCCUGGAGGAGGGGACUGCGAAGUACCAGGGAGUGGCUGAUGAAUACAACCUUCUCAAGGGCCUGAAGCGGACAGCAGACUAUCAAGCCAAGAAGCAGCGAAGCAAAGACCUGAGACAGAACCUAUUCCACAUCAAGCGCCUAGUGAAGAACUAUGACAAUGGCCUUUGUUGAAGCAGCCUGGGUCUGCUGUACCAUCCACAACUACUCCAUACAGCAGACUACAUGGUACCAGUCCAGCAGGACUCCACAAAAGACACCAACACAUGCUCUUAUGGGAUAUUGUUUGAUGGUGAACAAUAGUAACUUUGACUGAUGCCGCUUCACACAGGUUGAAAAGGCAACAGUUGAAUGGUUCUUUCUCGGAAAAUGACUUACAAUAAGUAGAUGAUGAGGUUGAAACAACCACAUUGAACAUGUAUGUUAAGGGAAACCUUUGACUUGAGGUGAAGGUUUGUUGUAAGGGCAUGAUUGAGACAUUUUCGUGAUUCAUUCUGUUACAUUUUUACUAUGGAUUCUUGUGCUUUGUAAGAGAUGUAAUAUUCCUGUGUAAUUUUUGUCUGUUUUGUUGUUUUAUAAAUGUUGUACUGAUCUGUUCUUGUCUCUUUUGUCUGCUCUGUGUAACAUUGCAAAAGUAUGUUUUCACCGAUUACUAACUACAAAAAAGUGUGCAUUCUAAUAUUCUAUCUUUAAUGUAUUUAAUGAAGAAUAACAACUUACAUAUUUUAUAAUGAAAUAUACAAUUAUUGUAGAAUAUUUUGUCUUGCAAUGUGAUCAUGCAGUACAUUAAUUCCAGACAUUUCUUAAAAAUGUUUACAAUAGUUUUUCUUUGAAGAGAGUCUGAUGUAAAUUCAACAGGUUUGUUGAUCAAUUAGUCUUCCCAUGGUUUAUACAUUGUUUUCAGACAUUAAUAAAUGUAAUGCAUUGUA